UAAGUCAAUGACACACCCUUGAAUUACAAACGCCAACCCCCUUCCCCUCUUCCAUAGUUCCACUCCUUUACUGCUUGUCAUAAACCCUAGCGGGUAUUCUACGGUUUUGGCAUCAGAAAGCAAUUCUACCAGGUUUAGUUCAAGUAACAAUGGACGCUGCUCAAAUCGAUUUAGAGAGGCUCAUGAUCUUCGAACAUGCUCGCAUGAACGCCGAAGCAGAAUACGCCAAGAAUCCCACUGAUGCAGAUAAUUUAACAAGAUGGGGUGGAGCUUUGCUGGAAUUMUCCCAAUUUGGAGAUAUCAAGGAAUCAAAGAAGAUGCUUCAAGAUGYUGUGUCAAAAUUGGACGAGGCAUUGGCUAUCAAUCCUGCAAAACAUGAGGCUCUGUGGUGCUUAGGGAAUGCCCACACUGCUAACGCUUUUCUAACCCCGGACCAUGAUGAGGCUAAGAUUCAGUUUGAGCAAGCAUUUCAAUGUUUCGAAAAGGCUGUAGAAGAGUGUCCUGGGAAUGAACAUUAUCUCCAAUAAUCUUUGGCAUCAUGUGCUAAG